AUGGUAGAAAAGCACCUUCAAAGGUUCUCCCAAACACUUCAAACCAACAAACCCAUGGCCACUCACGACCUCGAGGAAGCCGCAGGGCAGUCCCAUGGUCGCGACGGCGGCCAAAACUCAUCCCAGUGGGUGCUGGAGAGUCCAGCACCCCCGGGAAUCUUCAAGGCGACUGUAGAUUCUCUGAAGGAGAGUUUCUCCCUCAGGAACUAUACCCGUCGCCCCGGUCUCGAGCUGCUCGAGUCGGUGUUUCCCGUGCUCUCCUGGGCCAAAGGCUACAGGAUCGGGAUGUUCAAGAAGGACCUCAUGGCCGGCCUCACACUCGCCAGCCUCUGCAUUCCUCAGAGCAUUGGGUACGCGACGCUCGCCAAUCUGGAUCCACAGUACGGUCUCUAUACAAGCGUGAUCCCGCCGCUGAUCUACGCGGCGAUGGGGACGUCGAGGGAGAUGGCGAUCGGGCCGGUCGCCGUGGUGUCGCUGCUGAUAUCGUCGAUGGUGCAGAAGCUUCAGGACCCGUCAGCGAACCCGGUGGCUUUUCGGAACCUCGUGCUGACGACGACUCUGUUCGCCGGGAUUUUCCAGGCAGGGUUUGGGAUGUUCAGGCUGGGCUUCCUCGUCGAUUUCUUGUCCCACGCCGCCAUUGUCGGGUUCAUGGCCGGAGCGGCGAUCGUCAUCGGGCUCCAGCAGUUGAAAGGGCUGCUGGGGAUCUCUCACUUCACUAAUAAGACUGAUGUCGUCUCUGUCGCCGGAGCUAUUUGGAAGGCCGUUCACCAAUCUUGGAAUCCGUACAAUUUCAUCCUGGGAUCUGCCUUCUUGUGCUUCAUCCUCAUCACCAGAUUUGUGGGUAGGAAGUACAAGAAGCUCUUCUGGUUGGCUGCCGUUUCACCUCUAAUCUCUGUCGUCGCGUCGACUCUCAUAGUUUACCUGACAAAAGCUGAUGAGCAUGGAGUGAAGAUCAUUAAGCACAUCAAAGGCGGCUUAAACCCUAGCUCGGUGCACCAGCUACAGCUCAACGACCCACAUCUAGGAGAAGUUGUCAAAAUUGGUCUCGUCGUCGCCGUUAUUGCUCUCACUGAAGCGAUUGCGGUGGGGCGGUCGUUCUCCACCAUGAAAGGCUACAACAUCGACGGGAACAAGGAAAUGGUCGCCAUUGGCUUCAUGAACAUUGUUGGUUCCUUCACCUCUUGCUACGUCGCCACAGGUUCGUUCUCUCGCAGCGCGGUGAAUUUCAGCGCGGGCUGCGAGACCGCGGUGUCCAAUGUGGUGAUGGCGGUAACGGUAAUCCUGUGCCUGGAGCUGUUCACCAAGCUGCUCUACUACACUCCCAUGGCGAUCCUGGCAUCGAUCAUCCUGUCGGCUCUGCCAGGGCUUAUCGACUUGCAUGAAGCGGUCAAGAUCUGGAGGAUCGACAAGUUGGAUUUCCUCGCCUGCCUCGGAGCCUUCCUAGGCGUCCUGUUUGCUUCUGUCGAGAUCGGUCUCCUAGUCGCGGUGGGGAUAUCGUUUGUGAAGAUAAUCCUAAUCUCGAUUCAGCCUGGGGCUGAGAUUCUAGGCAGGAUUCCUGGGACUGAGGUGUUUUGUGACGUUCACCAAUACCCAAUGGCAAUUGAGACUCCUCCGGCUCUUACAAUCCGCGUCAAGUCAGGAUUGCUUUGCUUUGCAAAUGCCAAUUUUGUCAAGGAAAAGAUCCUGAAAUUGGCGACUGAAGUGGAUGAGAAGAGUGACAAAGUGAAUGGGAGAAGGAACAUUCAGCUGGUUGUUCUUGACCUAUCUAAUCUGAUGAACAUCGACGUCUCGGGAAUCGCAUCGUUGGAAGAACUACACAAGAAUCUUAUCUCCAAGGGAGUGGAGUUGGCCAUCUGCAACCCAAGAUGGGAAGUUAUCCACAAGCUAAAGGUGGCUAACUUUGUGAGCAAGCUCGGUGGGAAGGUGUUUCUGACUGUUGGAGAAGCCAUUGAUGCAUGCCUUAGUGCUAAAGUUAUGGCUGUCAUUUGA